UAUAUCAGAAAUCAGUGGCGUUGAGAAUCUUUCACAUAAUAUUUAUUUGCUCAGUUCGUGGCUGUCGUAUUAAUUAUUUGUUUGUUAUUACAAAAUCAAAAAGAAGUUGCAGAGACAACACUAUUGUUUUCAAUGGCUUUUUGACCUAAACUCGCAAAAGCAACGAGUUCCUUUGGCUUUGGCCGCUGUUGUUGUGGUCGACAUCUUUGUUAUUGUUCUUGUUGUUGUUGUCGCUUUGGAUUACUUCUGGGCAACAUAUUGUCGCCGACGACCGCAAGACUGGGCAAAAUUAUGAAUUUGUGUUCCUCUGCUGGUGCAACGGCAUCGAAUACAUCGCUAUCGUCUACGGGGCAUAUCGAUAACAACGGGAGCAAUCUGUCUGAGGUUACCCAUUGCUUUGGUGGAGGCGGAGGAGGAGGAGGUACAUCGGACCCAUCUACAAUCAACGGUGGCGAAGGAAAUUUACCCAGCGGAGGAAAUUUAAUCAGUCAAACACCACACUACGAAAACAACACUACAACCACAACAACAACAAUAAUGCCGCCCGAGACGCGUCCUAAGAUGGUGACGGUUAAGCAUCCGGAAUCAAACAAACCCAAACCCACGACGAAAAAGAUCGUGAAAAAUAUUCAGGCGGAUCAAGAUGUUAUAAAGGCAUUGCAACGUUGCCGUGAUGAAGGUAUUAAGCGUUUGGAUCUCAGCAAAUCUUCAAUAACUGUGCUUCCCAAUACAGUUAGAGAAUGCGUCCAUCUUACCGAGCUCUACCUGUACAGCAAUAAAAUUGGUCAGCUGCCCACGGAAAUUGGGUGUCUAGUAAAUCUGCGUAAUCUGGCAUUAAAUGAGAAUUCACUGACAUCGCUGCCGGAAUCGUUGAGGAAUUGCACACAACUGAAAGUUCUGGAUUUGAGACACAACAAGUUGGCUGAAAUUCCACCGGUCAUAUAUAAACUGCGCUCAUUGACCACGUUGUAUCUGCGCUUCAACAGAAUUACGGCCGUGGCCGAUGAACUGCGUCAGUUGGUCAAUCUAACAAUGCUGAGUCUGCGUGAGAACAAGAUCAAAGAGUUGGGCAGUGCAAUCGGUGCUCUUGUUAAUCUGACCACGCUGGAUGUAUCGCACAAUCAUUUGGAGCACUUACCGGAGGAUAUUGGCAAUUGUGUGAACCUUAGUGCAUUGGAUUUGCAGCAUAAUGAGCUGCUGGAUAUACCCAAUAGUAUUGGUAAUCUCAAGUGUCUAGUACGCUUAGGAUUGCGCUAUAAUCGCUUGAACUGCGUACCUGUUUCACUUAGGAACUGCAAGAGCAUGGACGAGUUUAAUGUAGAGGGUAAUGGUAUUACACAGUUGCCGGAUGGCAUUCUAGCCAGUCUGAGCGCAUUAACAACCAUCACAUUGUCUCGAAAUCAAUUCACCAGCUAUCCCACCGGUGGACCAGCUCAGUUUACCAAUGUGUAUAGCAUUAAUCUGGAGCACAAUCGAAUUGACAAAAUACCCUAUGGUAUAUUCUCGCGAGCCAAGGGCUUAACCAAGCUGAAUAUGAAGGAGAACAUGCUGACCGCUUUGCCCCUGGAUGUGGGCACCUGGGUGAACAUGGUGGAGCUUAACUUGGCCACAAAUGCACUACAGAAAUUACCAGAUGACAUCAUGAACUUGCAGAACUUAGAAAUCCUCAUACUGUCUAACAACAUGCUUAAGAAGAUACCCAACACAAUUGGUAAUUUGCGCAAGCUGCGAAUCUUGGAUCUGGAAGAGAAUCGCAUCGAAAUCUUGCCCCAUGAAAUUGGCCUUUUGCACGAACUUCAGCGGCUCAUUUUGCAAACGAAUCAGAUUACAAUGUUGCCACGGAGUAUUGGACACUUGAGCAACCUCACACAUCUGUCCGUCAGCGAGAACAAUUUGCAGUUUCUGCCAGAGGAAAUUGGUUCGCUGGAGAGCCUAGAGAACCUCUAUAUAAAUCAGAAUCCGAGCUUGGAGAAGUUACCAUUUGAGUUGGCACUCUGUCAGAAUCUGAAAUACUUAAACAUUGACAAAUGCCCACUUGGCACCAUUCCGCCGGAGAUUCAAGCCGGCGGUCCCUCUUUGGUUCUACAGUGGCUCAAAAUGCACUCACCCUACCGGCAAAUGUGAGAUGUCGAUGGCGUCUGGCGAACCGUUUUCGUGGGCAGCGAUUGUUACUAUCAGUACGAGCUGAAGACGGUAAAGCAGACGCAGGGCAACCAGAUGGAACAGACUAAGGAAUCGAUCAAUAACUAACUCCCUUCCUGGCUCUAUCCCAUAACCCCUUGCCCCCGACCCAACCUAACCCGAACCGACCCGACUGGAGUGCGUUGACUGGCAAAUAAUAGCUUUAAUAAAUCGUAUACCAAUGUCCCGCGUAUUGUUAAACUGUUCCGAUUUAACUUUACUUUAUUUUUAAGUUAAUUUGUUAAAAUUUCACUUGCAAGCUGCUUAGCAAUAUACAGUGGCUCCCAGCUAAAUUCAGAUAUAAUGCAUAUAAAAAAU